CUCCCAAUUGCUUCUUUGAUCAGCACGAUGCAGCACGAAUGGACAGAUCAGACUCGGGAUGAAUGGGUAGCACGACGCACCGUGUCCCGCGAACAAGUCAAGAGGAAGAACCCUCGCUCCCCAAGGACGUCCAGUCUCGAAACCGAGCGUCGCUCCGUGCAGGAAGCGGUAUGCAACAUCAUUGCGAACACCAUAUCUUGGGAUUUACAAAAAUACCCGGUGGAACUAUACCCCGCUCCUUUCGAUGGGAAGAUAUACCUCCCCCUCCGCCACAUGGACGACGAAGACCAUUCGCACACCGCCAAGUUCAAGAAGGGUGAAAAUCUGAACCUGCUUGUUUACCGCUUUUACAACCAGCGACCUGAUCUUGGGUUUGAGGGCGUGAACUUCGUCUCUCCAGUAGCGAUCGCCUCAACGCGACACGAGUUCCUCGGCCCUGCGCCAUUCGUCGCGGGCUAUCAAUUCGACGCGGAAACCAAGACGGCACGCAUCGAGUGGUGGGACCCUUAUAUCGAUCUGAAGUGGAUUGGUCGUAGCACUUGGAAGGUUGAGGCCCAGUGAGAACCUUCCCUGUUGCUCACGAUUCUCAUCUUUUUUGGCCCGUUUCAGUCCGCCCAAAAGGCAGAAGUAGUCAGAUAUCCACAUGUAUGUAGGUGAAUGCAUAGAUAUC